AUACGGCCGGUGCUGGAGUUCUGGGAGACGAUGCGGCCGGUGCAGGAGCUCUGGACGACGAUGCGGCUAGUGCUGGAGUUCUGGGAGACGAUGCGGCCGGUGUAGGAGCUCUGGACGACGAUGCGGCCGGUGCUGGAGUUCUGGGAGACGAUACGGCCGGUGCUGGAGUUCUGGCAGACGAUGCGGCCGGUGCAGGAGCUCUAGACGACGAUACGGCCGGUGCUGGAGUUCUGGGAGACGAUG